AUGGUUAAAUAUUUUAUUUCUACUUUACUUUUUUUCAUUAUCAUUACAUUUAUUCAUGCAACAUCAGAAUCACUCGCCCUCAAUCCUUCAAAUGAAAGUGUUGGUUCAUUUAAAAUUGAAGGUAAAAUAAUCGUUCCACCAGGUGAUAAUGCACUUGAAAAUACAAGAAUAUUAAUCGAUGAAGGUCUUUAUAUUGGUAUUCCACAAGUUGAUGGAACAUUUGUUAUAUCUGGUAUUCCAAGUGGUUCAUAUAUUGUUUCAGUUGUAUCACCUCUACAUGUAUUCGAACCAGUUCGUGUUGAUAUAAAUGCUAAAGGUAAAAUUCGUGCACGUAAAGUUAAUUUUAUUCAACCAGGUGAAGUUGUUACAAUGAAAUAUCCAUUAAAUUUUGAAACACAUGGUAUACCAAAUUAUUUUCAAAAACGUGAAGUUUAUCGUUUAACAGAUGUUAUUAUGAAUCCAAUGUUUUUAACAUUACUUAUACCAUUAGCAUUAUUAUUAAUUUUACCUAAAUUAGCUUCACAAGAUCCUGAAAUGCAACGUGAUUUACAACAAGCUAGUAAUUUUCUUCAACCAAAUUUAAAUACACCUGAUAUAGGUGAUAUGUUUGCAAAUAUAUUUGGCGGACCAAAAAAACAAAAACCAACACAACAACAAAUUCAAAAUAAUGGUGCUAAUGGUGGUUUAUUAACAGCACAACAAAAACGAAAAAAUGAAGCCAUUAAUAAACGAAGAAAUUAA